AUGCAUUAAUAAUUAAGUGCUUAUGAUUAGUAUUUAUUAAUCUAAAAUUUAGAUUAGAGUAAUUAUACUCAAGAAAUGACAUUAAAAUUAUUGAAUACUAAUCUGCCAUUAGUAAUUAGAUUAUGUUAUUCAGUUGUAUUAAUCUUGAUCAAAAUAAGACUUUUUUAUAAAUUUAGAAUGAUCAAAUUCAAACAGAAAUAGGUUUAUAAUUUGUUUAAUAUUUAGCUACUGUUAAUGUACCUAGUGCAAAACCAAUUCAACUUAAAGAUUUAUAAAGUUAAGAAAUAUGUCAAAUAUUUUCAUAAAAUUAAGAUAUUUAUUUAUACUCAUUUACACAUUCAUCUCAAACUAUUUCAGUUAGUUAUCUUGAAUAUUUUGAAUCAUUUGCAAUUACAUAUAAUGGAUUUACAACAAUUUUAGAAAAUGAAUAAGAUAUCAAUAGAUGGAACCCUCCUAAUAGAGAAAGAUACUGUAUAAUAGUUUAUUCCUUUUUUGGCAUCUUAAAUAAAUUUAAUGAAUCUGCUCUCAAAAGUUUUAAGAAAGAUUUAUCUAAUAGAAGUUUAAUUGGUAUGGGUUGUUAUAAAUCAAUAUAAUGGUUUGGUAUAGUAGAACAUUAUGGAUAAGAGAAAUUAUUAUCUCCAAAUAUAGUUAAGAACUUUUUAUAGAAAUAUAAUUUGGAAUUUGUAUUUGUUAAAUGCUAUUAAAAUGUAAGUCUUAAUUCUCUGACAACUAUUUAUGAAGAAAUUAGAAAUUAAUAUUUAUUUGAUUUUAAUGAUAUGAAUUAAGGUUCAACUAUAUAUUUUUGGAAUUCUAAAUAAUAUUUAGGUUCUUAUUUUAUAUCACAUAAACAUUAUGAAAUUUUAGAGACUGUUAAGAGAAUAUUUAUUGAAAGGAAAAAUAAAUUAAGUCCAUUAGCAUUCCUAAGUGAAUAUGAUCUUAAUAAUAAUGAAAUUUAAUUUUAUAAGAAUUACAUCAAUAGAAUAUUAUAAGAAACAAAUAAAAUGGACUUAACAUUUUCAACACUUACUUCAAUUAUAUUUAAUAGUAUUUUAAUAGGUUCAGAAAAAUAAUUUCAUAAACCAGGAAAUAGAUAUCCAUUAUCAUAUUGUAUGAAACCUACAAUAAUUGUAAUUAUCCCUAUAGGUUUAAAUUAAUCAGGAUUUGAGAGAUUAUUUCAAUAAUUAUAAUAAACAUUCUUUUUUGUUAAUAAAAUAACAUCACCAGAAUAAAUAACUAAUAAAUAUUAAAUAUAAUAUGUUGAUAGAUCUUUAAGUUGGGAAUAAUGUAUAAAAUUGAUUGAUCAAUUAAAAAAAAAGAAAGAUGUACUGACUGUAGGUCUUUUGCAUUAAAAUAAAUAAUAAUAUAAAUCAAAUACUGGAGUAUGUUUCCCUUUUUCAUAUGAAUAUAUUUCAUAUAGUUUAAUAGAAUCAUCAAAUAAUUAUUAAGAAUUUGAAGAAAAUAUUAAAAUAUUAUUAUCUUAUCGUAAUUAAGAUGUAAGAUAAUUACCAUUAAAUGAAUUAUUAUUUACAUCAUUAUUACCAGAUGAUUAAUAAACAAGAAGAAAUUAAAUUUUAUGUGAAAUAAAAGAUAUAGAAGAAAUAAUAUUUAAUAAAGAUCUUAAUAUAGAAUAAAUGAGAAACAUAAUAUUAAGAUAAAGAAAAAACUAAUUUCAUAUAUAAGAUCAAUAUUACUAAAUGUUAUCAUAUUAUUUAAUUGCUGAAAUUGAAUCCUAAUUAAAGAUUUUUCUAUAAAAUCCAAAAAUUUCAUAAUCAUAUGUAAUUAUUACAAUUUAAUAAUACAAACCAAUUGAAUAAAAAUAAAAAUCAACUUAAUACUUUAUUACUGAUGAAAGUUGGAAAGAAAUAGAAGAUUAUGUACUUGAUUCAUUGGACCUUGUAGCAUAAAAAUUUAGAUAAAACGAGAUUAUAACUUAAACUAUACAAUUAUUAAGUGAUUAAUUUUUGAAUUCUGGUAUGAUAACUUAUAAUAAAAAUUUAAUCCCUUUUAAUAUCAAUAAAAAAACAUAGAAAAUAUAAUCAGCUAAAAUGUAAAUUGUUGUAAUUGUACUUAAUGCAAUUAUCAUUAUGAUUCCAGAAAAUUCUAAAUUGUUUUAAGGAAUAACUAUCUAUACCAAAUCAUUGGAAGCUUCAUUAAUGCCAGAAAUUUUAAAUAUUUUAAAGGAAAAUUUAUAAAAACUUUAAAGAGAAAAUAUUGAAGAACGAUCUGUUUUAAAUUAGUAAUUUAAUUUAAAGAAUUAAGAAUGGAAUGCAUUUAUUGUUAAAUUUUCAUCAACUGAAAUUAUAUUUAAGAACUUAUAGCAGGAAUGA